CUCUGGCUUUAAUUAGAUGAUCUUCCGCAUUCUCUGUUUCACAAAAAAAUAAAAAAUAAAAAUAUUCAAAAUUUAAAAACCAUCAUGAAAAAUAUUCAAAAUCUUCGAAACCUGUACUGUACAGAUUCUGAACCAACUAGAAUUUACACCAAAAACCCAUUUCCAUCAAUGCCUCUAAUUCCUCAACAUCCCAUUUUUUUGGAACUUUUAAAGCUCUCUGCAACUCUCUGCACAUUGUUCAUUUUCUGUCCAUUCCUUUUCUUGGUACUCGUUUUAAUUUUCUUCUCUAUCUUUCUGAUUUUGCCCUUUGUUUAUUCCAUAAUCUGGGCAGUUUUUCUCUGGAAAAUCUUGUUCAUGUACCCCAUUAGAUUUUUUGAGAUGAAAUUGAUGAAGCUUUUGAUUAGCAGAAAACCCAAUAAAUGUGAUACUGUAAUUUCAAAGAAUGAAGAAGAAGAAGAAGAUGUUGAUGAUUAUGAGGUGUUUGAGGUACUCAAAGAGAAGCAGGAAAGUGUGGAAUUGGAUCCUAUGGAAUUUCCAAGUUUCUAUGAAACCGAUGAUGAUGAAGGAAAAGGGAUAAAUGAAAAUAAUAAGCUUUGCAGCAAAGAAGAAGAUUCAUGGCAUAUUCUUGUUCCCAAAUCUAUGAAGAUUGAAGAAUACAAACCGUUCUAUGAAAUUUUAACCUUUUGGAAGAGGAAGGAGAAAGGAGAUGCAUAGCAUAGUUGAAACAUUUUAUAGGUAUAGUUUGUAAUUAAUUUUGUUUUGUUAUUGUUUUUUUUUUUUUAUUUUUUUAUUGUUGUUCGUUUCUGUAAGUAAAAUAUAUCUGAAUGUUUUUCAAACAAACAAAAUUUUAAUUAUCCAAAAUUAGUCCGUUGAAUUUUGA